AUGACAAAAUUUAAGUACAAGGAGUUACUUGAUGCCAUAUGGGACGAUUGGGCAACUAACAGAACGAAAGACGAAUUUGACAUAAUGGAGCAAUACGCCGUAAAAGCAGACAUCUUUUGUCGGAUACAUAUCGGGUUUAGCUUCACAUGUGCCGUAGUAUGUUUUCUUGAACCAUCCUUAAUGCCAAUUAUUUUGGAUGUGAUUUUACCCAAGAACGAGUCGCGGGGUAUCGUGUACAUUUUUCCAGCUUAUUACAUAAUCGACGAUCGGAAGUAUCGCACGUUGAUCACCGUCCACAUAGCAUGCCUAUGCUUUUCGUCGUUUUAUGUGUUCACUGGCUGCGACACGAGUUACAUGUUCAUUGUGCAACACGCCUGCGGACAGUUAGCAGUGACUGGAUAUCGUCUCAAGAACGCGAUUUUAGAUUUGUCCAAUGUCAAAGAUCCGAGCGACGUACAAAACGAGAGUUACAGAAGAGUGCUCCAUUCGAUUCGUGCCCACCAACACGCUAUAAACUACGUGAAAACUAUCGACGACACUCAUUCCGUUUAUCUGUUCGUUGGCAUGAUUUUCAUAAUAAUAGAAUUCAGCGUAACGUUGGUAAAGAUUUCAUCGUACAUGGAAAUCUCUGCGCAAUAUCUCAAGGACGGUUUCUUUUUCUUCUGCCAGAUAGUCCAUUUAGGUUUCAUAUCGUUGCAAGGACAAUUCAUAGUGAAUUCGAACGACGAAGUUGUCCAGUCGAUACACGACGCGUCGUGGUAUAAUGCUAACAAGAGGACGCAACUGUUAUUCGUAUUGGUAAUGAGAAGUUGCUUAAACUCUCCGACUAUAUCAGCCGGAGGAUUAUUAACUAUGAAUUUGGAAAAUUUCUCCAAGAUCAUGAAAACGUCCUUCUCGUACUUCACGGUAUUGAAGUCUGUGUGAACGACGAAGCAGGGACGAGACACGGAUGACUGAUGCCGUACGAAUUACGUUAAGAAAUAAUAUGCACAGCUUAGUACAUCAUUGGUCGAAAUUACACGCUUUCUCCCUUU